AUGGCGGGUGCCGUUGUCUUCAUCGUUCUUUUUGCAGGCACAACACUCUUUCAUAUCUACCAGAUGGUCAGAACCCGAACUUGGUUCUUUCUCCCUUUUGUGAUUGGCGGCAUAUUCGAGGUACUCGGAUAUAUCGGGCGCGCGAUGUCCAGUCGGGAAUCCCCGAAUUGGACCUUGGGACCAUAUCUCAUCCAAACCUUGUUCCUGCUCCUCGCUCCAGCAUUGCUCGCCGCUUCGAUAUACAUGUUCCUCGGACGAAUAAUCCUAGUUCUACGGGCGGAGUCGCACGCAAUCAUGAGAAAGAAAUGGUUAACAAAAGUCUUCGUGACGGGCGACGUACUCUCUUUCCUCCUACAGGGCUCUGGCGGUGGUAUCCAAAGUGGCGGGAGUCUUGACAGCAUGAAGCUAGGAGAGAAAAUCAUCGUCAUCGGGCUUUUCAUCCAAAUAUUUUUCUUUGGCUUUUUCAUCGUCACGGCAGGCUCGUUCGAUAUGAAAUUAAAGAAAUAUCCUAUUCCGCGUUGCCACUCCGCCGAAAUCCCCUGGAGGAAGCAUAUGAAUGCGCUAUACGCGUCAAGUAUGCUGAUCAUGAUCCGGUCUGUAUUUCGCUUGGUUGAGUAUCUGCAGGGGAAUAAUGGAUAUCUCCUGCAUCACGAAGUUUUCCUCUAUGUCUUCGAUGCGGUGCUAAUAUUUAUCGCCAUGGUGAUCUUCAACAUCUGUCACCCUAGUGAAAUCGGGCGGCUCCUGGCCGAUGAAGUGAAUUAUGAACUAAAAGACACAUAUAGUGUAAUGCCGUGA